AUCAAAAUUGGCCAAUCGAGCCAAUCUGCCUGAUGAUUAUAAUCGGUGUAUAACAAAAUUUACUGUUAUUACUAUAUAACUAGUGGGUUAAACCAUGAACUGUAACAACUAGAUAAGAGUUUAAACUCAUUUACUUUCAGAACAAAUCGUAGUUUCCCUUCGUUUCUAAUUAAUAUUAAAGUUUAUUAACUAGUCAAUAUGGAUGGGACCUGGGUGCUUAUCUUGCUAGCUCUAGUGAUGCUGGUGGGCUCCUAUGUAGCUGGAAGUAUACCACUAAAUGUGACAAUGUCUGAGGACAAACUCAAGAAGGUGACAGUGUUCGGAGCAGGCCUCCUCGUAGGCACAGCGCUAGCCGUAAUCAUUCCCGAGGGUGUCCGCUCCCUGUUCAGCGAGCACUCAGCACCAACGGUCGUUACUAAGGACUUUACGGCACAGCCUCCGAUGCAUGAUGAUAAGGAUCUGCACAGUGUUAUUGGGAUUACUCUGGUUCUUGGAUUCGUUUUUAUGCUACUAGUCGACCAGAUGUCCUCACGAUACAACGAGUCUGGGAACCCUCAGGAGAGGAACAUGACUGCCACCGUGGGCCUUGUGGUGCAUGCUGCUGCUGACGGCGUAGCUCUAGGCGCAGCGGCGACGACGUCUCACAGGGAUGUGGAAAUUAUCGUAUUUCUGGCUAUCAUGUUACACAAAGCGCCAGCUGCUUUUGGACUCGUCACAUUCCUUCUCCAUGCUGGCUUGGACAGAAACCGUAUCCGCAAGCACCUGCUGAUCUUCUCCUGCGCCGCGCCGCUGCUCGCUUUGCUGACAUACUUCGGCAUCGGGAACGAGAGCAAGCAGACACUCAGUGACUUCAACGCUACCGGUAUAGCGAUGUUAUUCUCAGCUGGCACCUUCCUCUACGUCGCCACGGUACACGUCUUGCCCGAGCUCACCCAUUCUUCCCACACACACGCCUUACUAGGCGAGGCGCCUAAGGGCUUCGGGGGCUUGCAGUUCUGCGAGGUGCUCAUAUUGACCGUUGGCGCGUUGUUACCAGCUCUACUCACUAUGGGACAUGAACAUUAGGUACAUCAUACUCUCUCAUUCCCACACACACGCCUUACUGGGGAAGUUCCAAUGGCUCAGUUUCAUUAGUCGAUAAGCCGUAUGCGUUGUGCGGGAGAUUUCCAAAACGCAUGCCAUUAUGGGUUUCACUAGGCAUCAUACCACCUUACCGCCUGCGAGGAGUCACCCGCAUGCUGUAUAUCGACCGAACUAUCGACUUAUGAGUUUCACUAGUCGUUAUACCACCUUACCGCCUGCGGGGAGUCACCCGCAUGCUGUAUAUCGACCGAACUAUCGACUUAUGAGUUUCACUAGUCGUUAUACCACCUUACCGCCUGCGGGGAGUCACCCGCAUGCUGUAUAUCGACCGAACUAUCGACUUAUGAGUUUCACUAGUCGUUAUACCACCUUACCGCCUGCGGGGAGUCACCCGCAUGCUGUAUAUCGACCGAACUAUCGACUUAUGAGUUUCACUAGUCGUUAUACCACCUUACCGCCUGCGGGGAGUCACCCGCAUGCUGUAUAUCGACCGAACUAUCGACUUAUGAGUUUCACUAGUCGUUAUACCACCUUACCGCCUGCGGGGAGUCACCCGCAUGCUGUAUAUCGACCGAACUAUCGACUUAUUAGUUUCACUAGUCGUUAUACCACCUUACCGCCUGCGGGGAGUCACCCGCAUGCUGUAUAUCGACCGAACUAUCGACUUAUUAGUUUCACUAGUCGUUAUACCACCUUACCGCCUGCGGGGAGUCACCCGCAUGCUGUAUAUCGACCGAACUAUCGACUUAUGUGUUUCACUAGUCGUUAUACCACCUUACCGCCUGCGAGGAGUCACCCGCAUGCUGUAUAUCGACCGAACUAUCGACUUAUGUGUUUCACUAGUCGUUAUACCACCUUACCGCCUGCGGGGAGUCACCCGCAUGCUGUAUAUCGACCGAACUAUCGACUUUUGUGUUUCACUAGUCGUUAUACCACCUUACCGCCUGCGGGGAGUCACCCGCAUGCUGUAUAUCGACCGAACUAUCGACUUAUGAGUUUCACUAGUCGUUAUACCACCUUACCGCCUGCGGGGAGUCACCCGCAUGCUGUAUAUCGACCGAACUAUCGACUUAUGUGUUUCACUAGUCGACCGCCUGCGGGGAGUCCCCGCACGCUUUAUAUUGACCGAGUUAUCGACCAAUGAAACUGAGCCAUAAGGGCUUCGGGGGCUUGCAGUUCUGUGAGGUGCUCAUAUUGACCGACGGUGCCCUUCUACCGGCGCUGGUGACUAUGAGACAUGAACAUUAGGUAAAAGGGCAAAAAUGAUUAUUAUUUGUAUUGUAAUAGAUCUUUUUCAACACACUUGCUCGUUACGUGAAACUUAUUGAACCGCUUAUAGACUCAUCUUAUUAGAUAUUACACACGCGUGCUUUUUGAUUAUAUUAUCGCACUCUUGCGGUAAUGUAUGAUAAGCUUUGCGAUCUUAGCGAAAUAACGGUACUUUUUCUAUGAAAUUCCAUUCCAAAAAAAAAUGUAUUGCAAAUUUUGAAAAAAAAGGAAACCUAUGAACCUAGUUUUUUAAUGUGUCAAUAACAUACAAAAAAUCAUGGAGAAUGAGAAAUAUCUAGAAGUGGAAAAACGUUUUUUCAUUUUUAUGAACUAUCACGUGUUAUACGUGGUAAUUGCAUAUAAUAUGAAGACGAAUUCUUAUUAAAUUGGUCGAGUAAAUUUUACAGUCGAGUUCAUAAAUAUGUAUAAAUUUUUUCACCUUAUUGCAAUGGAUUAAGGUGGAGCAAUGUGUACAUAUUUAGGAACUCGACUAUACAACGCGGACUGGAGGGCCGGCCCGCCAGCUGCAGAGUCGAGGCGCCAGCAGCAGAAUAAAUAAAGUACUACCGUACAGAAAUUACACUUCCUUCAAAACCGAAGUUUGACAGCGAUUCAGGGACGAAUCAUGCUGUCCCUUUCUAAUGUGUGGCACUAUCCGGUUAGGCUAUUUAAGGUUGUUAAAAUUCAAGUCAUUAUCUUAUCUGUGCCUGUUUGUAUCUUGUCAAGUUGUGCCAACCCUAUUCUCUUUAUCUUUAAGUAUUUAAAUAAAAGUAACCAGUAGUAAGUAGUAGUGUAUAUCGGCACUACCCGUUCAAUGUUGUACAGUCAGCGUCAAAUACUUCGUAGCAGUCAAAGUAGCCAAAUAGUUCGGUACACCAUAUAUUUAGUAUGGUGUACCGAACUAUUUGGCCACUUUGACUGCUACGAAGUAUUUGACGCUGACUGUACAGUCAAGUGUAAAAAUUUGGGUGUCGACAUCUUACCCAAAAAUAUGUCCCAUAGCAUCUUAUUUCAGUGUAAUAAGAGCGUAGUACCAUAUUUAU